AUUAUGUGACCAUGACUAGUAUAUAAGCCAUGGCAGGAACCAAUAACUAUACAACCCUUCACAUUCCAAAUACCAUUGUUCACCUUUCUUUUUCAUUUCACAUUCUUUCUGAGAAUGUCAAACUUGCAUUGCAUUUUCAGCUUGUUAGCAGUUCUUCUUCUUCUGAUGCAAAAUCCCAGUGGAAUUCACUGCCAUACCAAGGGAAUUAGGCCACGACGUUCUGUAGGGAAUGGGCUAUCGAACAAUAUGUCUAGAGUACUGGAAUCAGAAAAGCAAUUCAUGAAAUGGGUUGAUUUUGUUGGUAGCCUCAAACAUACAGUUUUUAAGGCUGCAAAGAAUAAGCUGUUUGCUUCUUACACUUUGUACGUUGAUAAGAAUCCUGCUGCUGGAGAUUUUACAUCAAUUCAAGAAGCCAUUGAUUCCCUUCCAUCCAUCAAUACUGUCAGAGUGGUCAUCAAGGUCCAUGCAGGGGUUUACUCGGAGAAAGUUUACAUUCCCCCUUUGAAAUCUUUCAUAACCAUAGAAGGAGAUGGUGCAGAUAAAACCAUUGUUCAAUGGGGUGACACUGCUCAAACACCAGGCCCUCGAGGGCAGCCACUUGGAACAUAUGGCUCAGCAACUUUUGCAGUGAACUCACUCUAUUUUAUUGCCAAGAACAUCACAUUCAAAAACACUACCCCUGUUCCUGCACCAGGAGCAAUGGGAAAGCAGGCAGUAGCAUUCAGGAUUUCAGCAGACACAGCUGCAUUCCUAGGUUGCAAAUUCUUAGGAGCACAGGACACACUUUAUGAUCAUUUGGGCAGGCAUUAUUAUAAGGAUUGUUACAUUGAGGGUUCUGUUGAUUUCAUAUUUGGCAAUGCUCUCUCACUCUAUGAGGGAUGUGAGGUGCAUGCCAUAGCACCAAAUACAGGCGCACUAACAGCUCAAGGAAGGAGCAGGAUGACGGAGGACACGGGGUUCUCAUUUGUGAACUGUAAGGUCACGGGGUCAGGGGCACUGUACCUUGGAAGGGCUUGGGGUCCCUUUUCAAGAGUGGUCUUUGCUUAUACCUAUAUGGACAACAUCAUCAUUCCCAAAGGCUGGUAUAAUUGGGGUGACCCUAACCGUGAAAUGACUGUGUUUUAUGGACAGUACAAAUGCACGGGACCUGGAGCAAGCUUUGCAGGGAGAGUCUCAUGGGCAAGAGAACUCACUGAUGAGGAAGCUGGACCUUUUCUUUCACUUAGUUUUAUUGAUGGGCCUGAAUGGGUCAAAUUUUAGUUUCAAUACAACCACACAGAUUGUUUAUUGAUUUAAUUAGGAAAAUUUUGAUGUGUACAUGUAAUAAUAUAUUAUGAACUCUAAUAUGAGAGCAAUAAUUCAUGCAUGCUUAUACUAACUUGUAUCUGUGACAAGCAUGCAUGGCUGAUAUUAUGAAAGAUAUGAAUUUAUAAUAUUUAUAAUAAAAAGUUAAAUUAAACA